GGCACUGACGCAGCACAUCCCUGCCUUUCACCUCCCUUCACCUGCAUGUUCCUCAAAUCUGUUGCAGCUCAGUAAAGAGGAGGGCCCCUCGGACCAUCUUACUGAAGAGGAACACUCAUCUGCAACAUGAGGGCUGGAGAGUUGCUGAUCCUUGUUGGGCUGUGCGUUUUGUUCUGCGUUGCAUCUUCAUUGAAAAUCUGUGCCUUCAAUGUCCAGAGUUUUGGAGAAUCUAAAGCAAACAACCAGAAAGUUAUGAGUAUUCUACUCAAGAUUCUCUCUCGGUGUGAUUUGUGUCUUAUUCAGGAGGUCAGAGACUCUAAAGGAGCAGUAAUCCAAGCUUUAGUGAAGGAACUUAACAGAUUUGACAAAUCCAACACCUAUUCCUAUCUAGAAAGUGAAAGGCUGGGGAAAAAAAGCUACAAAGAGCAGUAUGUCUACAUUUACAGGAGCAAUGUCUUGAAAGUGAAGGACCAUUAUCAGUAUCCUGGACUGGAAGGAAAAGACCCAAAUAAGACAGAUGUUUUCUCCAGAGGGCCUUUCAUCAUCCGCUUUCACUCUCCCACCACACUGGUUAAGGAUUUUGUCCUGAUUGGACACCACACAAGUCCUAAAACUGCCAUGAAGGAGAUUGAUGAACUACACACUGUUGUCAAGGGGGUUCACCAAAAGUGGAAGACGGAUAAUGUGAUCAUCUUGGGGGACCUGAAUGCUGGCUGCACCUACGUCACCAUGAAGGGAUGGAGGUCCGUCCGCUUGAAGAGUGACCCCAAAUAUCACUGGUUAAUCGGAGACGAUCAGGACACCACAGUGAGGGAGAAGCAGCACUGCGCUUAUGACAGGAUCAUCGUGUACGGUCGUGAGAUUCUGACCAGCAUUGUACCAGAUUCAGCUCAACCAUUCAACUUUAAAAAGAAAUUUCAUCUCUCAGAGGCAGAGGCUCUUCAGGUGAGUGACCAUUUUCCUGUGGAAGUUGACCUGAAGCCCAAUCAUCGCUACCUGCUCCGCCAUGAACUCUAGACCCAUCCACAAGACAAGCCAACUGUUUUUUAAUUGAUUUUAAUGAAAUAAAGGAAUUUACAGCAGUUA